AUGAAAAUUCUCCUAUUCUUUCUUUUAUUCUCUUCAAUAUUUUCUCUCAAAGUGCUCCAAGUGACCGAUUUUCAUCUCGAUAUAGACUAUUCAAUCAAUGGAGAUCCCAAAGCAAUGUGUCAUCAGGCGAAGAAAACACGAGAUUCCGACGCGAAUCAACUCGGAACUUUCGGCGAUUAUAUGUGUGAUGCACCUGAGUUGCUCGUGAACUAUGUGGUCUCUGAGGCGCAACGAUUGGUGCCAAAUCCGGAUUUAAUCCUUUGGACCGGGGACAACACACCGCACAUCGAGGGAUACGAUAUGGAUUAUGUUUUAAAUGGGAUCACGAAAACGACGAAACUUUUAUUUACCGCCUUUCCAAAUGUGCCGAUUUUGCCGACUUUUGGCAAUCAUGACUACUCGCCGUCAAAUGAUUUUGUUGAGGAGAGCUCUUUAUAUAAAAAGACCUACGACACGUUGUGGUCGGAGAAAGUUGGCGCUGAGAAUCGGGAUCGUUUCCUAAAGGGUGGCUACUAUCAAUACCGUAUCCCGAAAACGAAACAGCUUGUCUUGGUGCUGAAUACGAAUCUCUACUAUGUCUACAAUCAAGCGGCCGGAAAUUUCUCGAAUCCCUUCGAUCCGGCUGAACAAUUCAACUACAUGGAGGCCGCGUUGUCGGCUGCAAAAUCGUGCACAAGUAUGCGGAAGAAUCAGCGCUUUGGAGACGCCGAUUGUGCGAACAUCGUGCACAUCGUGGCUCAUAUUGGACCCGGGGCUUUUGAAAGAACUCCAAACAUUACAUGGAUGACUCCCUAUUACAACAAUCAAUUUUUGGCAAUUCUCGAGAAAUAUUCGUCGAAUGUCGGCUGGAUGAUUUUUGGCCAUCAUCACACUGACACUUUUCAUGUAGUGAGGGAUUACACCGGUGCACCAUUUAACGUCGCUUGGAUGGCCCCGGCGGUCACUCCGUGGUUCUCAACACUGGAUGGAGCCGGAUCAAACAAUCCGACUUUCAGAGUCUACCAAACCGAUGACAAUACGGGAGAAAUCUUGGAUUUCACGACAUACUCACUUGAUUUGGAAAAACUGAACGCAAAUGGGAAUGAGUCGGCAAAAGUCGAGUACUCGAUGAAAGAUGCGUAUUCACUACAAUCCCUUCACCCGCAAAGCAUCUCCGAUUUGGUGGAUCAAUUCGAGAAAAGCGAUGAGCUUUUCUUGAAGUACAUCACCUACAACUCAGCUGGAUGGGGAGUAAAGCUGCCCGAGGGAAAGUUUAAACAAGCCCAACUUUGCUCAUUGCGUUUUGCCGACUAUGAACGAUACUUUCGCUGUAUGGAAACUGAUCAAUCGACCAUCACCACGACAACGAAAACAUACUUCACAACCAAACAAUGGACAUACGCUUUUCUUUUGUUUUUUAUAUCAACCACUCUUUGCCAGUAUUCUGAUGAUUUUGGGAGGAAUACCGUUUGGCCGCUAGCCGUUGCGACAUUUGAUAAAAACCCGCAAAUUUGCAUCAAGAGUGGACUUCCCGAUGGACAGUUAAGAAGAAAACUCGAAAUGAAAUGCGAUCUUGUGAACGAAACGUGUUCCGGGUACACUGCUUUUUCCCAAGCCAGCAAAGUGAUCGUUUUGGCUUUCAGAGGCUCUGAAGGGACGGAAGUACCAAUGGAGGUGUUGAGUGUUCUCUUCGAGAAACAGGCUCAAUUUCCUGGCGGAGGCUUGGUGGCCGAGUUCUUUUACCGAGCCUUUUUGGGCAUUUGGAAUGCCGGGAUGAAAGACGAUUUCUUGACUCUUCGACAACAAUUUCCCGAUUAUCAAGUUUGGAUCACCGGACAUUCUUUGGGUGCAGCGAUGGCCACUCUUGCUGCCGGUUUCAUCACCCAAAAUGGAUAUGUCUCGGGAACUGAGAUAAAAUUGAUCACUUAUGGAGAGCCGAGAAAUGGAGACGCAACUUAUGCUUCAAGGAUCAAUGAUAUGCUUCCCUUUGCUUAUCGAGUUGUUCAUGACAAUGACAUUGUGCCGCAAAUUCCACUCGACUUGGAAAACUAUGAACAUCAUAGGACAGAGAUCUGGUACCCAAAUGCGAUGGCCGUCGGCGAUCCGUUUGUCGUUUGUCGCGGGAAUGAGGAUCGCAACUGCUCAGCCGGACUGCCUUUGUUGAAAUGGAACACCGGCGCUCACACGCUCUAUUUCAAUAUUGACAUUGGGAAAUACCAAAGAAAUGGGUGUAUUUAUUCG